AUGGCUUCCGCAACAGACGGCAAAUCGAACUCCUCGUUCGUCCUCAACAAGCCGCAUGACGUCACGUACCAGGACCGGCCGGUGCCGUCGGUGGCCGACCCGCACGAAGUGCUCGUGGCCGUCAACUACACGGGCAUCUGCGGCUCGGACGUGCACUACUGGGAGCACGGUGCCAUUGGCGACUUUGUGGUCAAGGACCCGAUGGUGCUGGGCCACGAGUCGGCCGGCACGGUGGUGGCCACGGGCGACCAGGUCAGCGACCUCCAGAUCGGCGACCGCGUCGCCCUGGAGCCGGGCUACCCGUGCCGGCGGUGCGUGCGCUGCCUCGAGGGCCACUACAACCUGUGUCCGGACAUGAAGUUUGCCGCGACGCCGCCGUACGACGGCACCCUCACCGGCUUCUGGAAGGCGCCCGCAGACUUUUGCUACAAGCUGCCCGAGCACGUGUCGCUGCAGGAGGGCGCCCUGAUUGAGCCGCUGGCCGUCGCCGUGCACAUUGUCGGGCGCCAGGCGCGCGUGCAGCCCGGCCAGUCGGUCGUCGUCAUGGGCGCGGGCCCCGUGGGCCUGCUGUGCUGCGCGGUGGCCAAGGCGUUUGGCGCGACGACGGUCGUGAGCGUGGACAUUGUCGAGUCGAAGCUGCAGUUUGCCAAGCAGUUUGCGGCGACGCACACGUACAUCAGCCAGCGCGUGACGCCGCAGGAGAACGCCGCCAACAUUCUCAAGACGGCCGGGCUGGAGGCCAACCGCGGCGCCGACGUGGUGAUUGACGCCUCGGGCGCCGAGCCCAGCAUCCAGGCGAGCCUGCACGUGGUGCGCGUGGGCGGCACGUACGUGCAGGGCGGCAUGGGCAAGCCGGACAUUACGUUCCCGAUUGUGGCGCUGUGCGUCAAGGAGGUGACGGUCCGGGGCAGUUUCCGGUACGGCGCGGGCGACUACCGGCUGGCCGUCGAGCUGGUGGCGUCGGGCAAGGUGGCGGUGAGCAAGCUGGUGUCGGAGACGGUGCCGUUUACGAGCGCGGAGGCGGCGUUCAAGAAGGUCAAGCAGGGCGAGGUGAUUAAGAUCUUGAUUGCCGGCCCGAACGAGAAGGUGUAG